AUGGCCCACGCUGCUCAUGCCAAGGCGCAGAUGGAGACCACCCCCUCAACCCCGAGAGAAAAGCUUGCUGCCAGGCAGGACUCAAGCAAUCUCCAGCUAGCAGGCAUCAAAGAGGAAAUGAAUCGCUUCCUUGAGCAGAGGGAGGCUCUGCAAAAGCAGGUUGGUGUCUUAACCCUGCCCAAGCUGCAGUGUAAGGAGCUGGACACAUCCAUCAGCUCCACCUUGGGUCUGAUCCGCUCCCUGCAGGAAGCAGUGCAGCAGAAGGAUGCUGCCCAGGCAACUCGAGAGGAGCAGCUGCUGCAGGAGCUGCAGGAGUCCCGGGCAGACGAGCGGCGCUGCAGGGACGCGGUGCAGCUGCUGCAGGCCGAGGUCUCGGAGCUGCAUCUGAGGCUCCGCAGCUCCGAGGACAGAGCAGAGGCCUUGGCCACACAGCGCCAGCAGGCCAGCGGUGCCCACCGCACAGCCCAGUGCCAGCUGGACAGACUGCUCCUGGCUGUCCACCGCAUGGUCAGGGACAGCAGCCACUUGGUCACUCGCAGCUCAGAAGAGGGUCAUGUCGUGGGCCUAACUGCUUCUCAGGCCAGGGAUGACCCCGCAGAGCUCACGGUGGACACAGUGGAAGCAGCCCUGCAAGACCUGUGGCAGCACCUGGAGCAUUCCCAGAAGGACCUGAAUGAUGCAAGGAAGAAGAUUCAGGCCUUGAAGCUGCAGCUGAGCACGACGCAGGCUCAGAGGGACUAUUUGUGUGCCUGCAAUCAGGAGCUGCAAAAACAGCUGGCUGAAAGACAGGAAGCCAUAGAGAGGGCAGAACGCAAGAACUCUCUAGAAACUGCCCUGAGGGAAGAGGCCACUGCAAGAAAGGAAGAGGCCAUGACCCUUCACCAGCAGGUGGCAUGUCUGCAGAGCAAACUGGAGAGCACGGAGAAGGAAAGGAAGGAUGUGCUGGGCCAGAGCACGGAGCAAGGCCUCCAGCAGGUGGACGCCUUGGUGGCCCGGUACCGUCAUGGCUGCCUCUGGUGGGGGCUUCCCUGGCUGCCCGUCCUGCGCCUCUUCCACCCCAGCACCCUCCGGCCACUCCUCAGAGCCUCAGCUUUCGUGGUCCCCAAGGACAAAAUUUUCUACGGCUUCCUCAAGGCCUGGCUGGGGGAGGGGCUGCUGCUGAGCGGCGGGCAGCGCUGGGCGCGGCACCGGCGGCUCCUGACGCCCGCCUUCCACGGGGAUGUGCUCCGGAAUUACCUGGGAAUCUUCAACCAGAGCACCCGCGUGCUGCUCGCCAAGUGGGAGGCAGCAGCAGCAGCAGCUGGCGGGGGGCCGGUGGAGUUGGAGGUGCUGCAGCCCCUGAGCCUCCUCACCCUGGACACGCUCCAGAAGUGCAUCUUGAGCCACGAGAGCCACUGCCAGGAGCGACCCAACGAGUACCUCCAGGCCAUCCUGGAGCUGAGCUCGUUGGUGGUCCGGCACCAGCUCCAGCCACUCCUCCACCCGUGGUGGCUCUACAGCCUCUCCUCUGACGGCCGGCGCUUCGCCCCCGCCUGCGCCACCGUCCAAGCCUUCACCGCCAACGUGGUGCAGCGCCGGCACCGCGCACUCGCCUCCCUGGGCCACCAGGCCUGGCUGGAUGGCCACCUGGGACACAGCAUGGACUUCAUCGACCUCCUGCUGCUCACCAAGGACGAGAACGGCCACACCCUGUCAGAUGAGGACACAGCAGCUGAGGCUGACACCUUCAUGUUUGAGGGCCACGACACCACGGCCAGUGGCCUGGCAUGGCUCUUCUACAACCUGGCCAGCCACCCUGAGCACCAGGAGAGGUGCUGCCAGGAGGUCCAGCAGCUCCUGGCUGGCAAGGACACUGCAGACAUUGAAUGGGAGGACCUGUCCCAGCUGCCCUUCACCACCAUGUGCAUCAAGGAGAGCCUUCGGCUGCACCCUCCUGUCACUGCUGUCCGGCACUGCACCGAGGACAUCCCCCUGUGUGAUGGCCGUGUCAUCCCCAAGGGGGUCAUCUGCCUGAUGAGCAUCUAUGGGACCCACCACAACCCAGACCUCUGGCCCAAGCCCAAGGUGUUCAACCCCCUGAGGUUCAGCCCAGAGAACAGCAAGGGACAGUCCCCAUCAUCCUUCAUCCCCUUCUCUGCUGAGCCCAGGAACUGCAUCGGGCAGAGCUUUGCCAUGGCUGAGAUGAAGGUGGUAGUGGCACUGACCCUGGCCCGGUUUGUGCUGUGGAGGGACACAGCGAGGCCACCCCCGUGCCGCAAGCCCGAGCUGAUCCUGCGUGCCGAGGACGGGAUCUGGCUGCUGCUGGAGCCACUGGUGGGACUGGCCUGA